CUCAAACUCUCGGAGAAGCGAGCACACACACUCACUCCCUGUCUCCUCCUCCUCCUCCUCCCUUGAGGCUGUUCGUCUCGACGAGUGCUUGGCUUUGUGUUUGUGGUGUGUGAUCAUGACGAACCAGGACGUGGUGGUUUCUGAGAUGGGCAUCGCGGCAGGCGCGGCGCUGCCGGGAGGACCGGCCGGCCCGGCGGGCGGCCUCUUCGCGUGCCGCAGCGCGGCCGCGUCGAUGAGGCAGACGUACCUCGACCUCGCCGCGGCGGCGGUGGCGGCGCGCUCCGCGAGCUGCACCAGCUGGGCCGACGCCAUGCGCGCCUCCUCCCCCACCCGCUCGUCCCGCUCCGCCUCCGACGUCGACGAGUUCACCGCCUGGGUGAGGAAGCACCCGUCGGCGCUUAGCAAGUUCGAGGAGAUCGCCGCCAAGUCCAGGGGGAAGAAGAUCGUAAUGUUCAUGGACUACGACGGCACGCUCUCUCCCAUCGUCGCCGACCCCGACACGGCCUACAUGAGCGACGCGAUGAGGGCGGCGGUGCGCGAAGUCGCCAAGACCUUCCCGACGGCGAUCGUCAGCGGGCGGUGCCGCGACAAGGUUCGCAACUUCGUCGGCCUCUCCGACCUCUACUACGCCGGCAGCCAUGGCAUGGACAUCAAGGGACCAAGCUCCAACCCGGAGUCUGCCCUUUGCCAGCCAGCAAGCGAGUUCCUCCCCAUGAUCGACGAGGUGUACAAGACGCUGGUGGAAAAGACGAAAUCUACACCUGGAGCCAAGGUGGAGAACAACAAGUUCUGCCUGUCCGUCCACUUCAGAUGUGUAGAUGAAAAGAGAUGGAAUGCUUUGGGGGAGCAGGUCAAGGCCGUGAUCAAGGAAUACCCAAAGUUGAAGCUUACCCAAGGAAGGAAGGUUUUGGAGAUCAGGCCGAGCAUUGAGUGGGACAAGGGCAAGGCUCUGGAGUUCUUGCUUGAAUCGCUGGGAUUCGCCAACUGCGGCGACGUCAUGCCGGUGUACAUCGGUGACGACCGCACCGACGAGGACGCCUUCAAGGUGUUGAGAAAGAGAGGUCAGGGCCUGGGAAUCCUAGUCUCCAAGUGCCCCAAGGACACCAACGCCUCCUACUCUCUCCAGGACCCAACAGAGGUGAUGGAGUUCUUGCUCAGGCUGGUGGAGUGGAAGCGGAAGUCGUCGUCGUCGUCGUUGAUGAUUCGUCCGAGAGUGUAGCGGCGACACGGUGUAGAGGCCGUAAGAAACUGAAACUAAGAUGGUCAAUCAUGCGAACAUGCGAACAUACCCCACCAACACCACGUACUACCCCCAUUUUUUUCCGAUGAUUUCUGUGGUUGGCCUCUGCGACGGACUCGUGGUGGUUACACGCUAGCUGUUCGAUUCCGUCCCCUGUGCCGCCGAGGAAAAGGAGACCACCAAAAAAGAAGAAAAAAAAACUCUCGCUUAAUUAGCUCUCGAUCAGAUUCCGGCAUGUUUGGGCGCGCAGCGGCCGGCGCCAAAGCAAGCAUGGCUCCAGGCAUGUUGGUCACUGGUGGUGUUGCAGCUGCAGUCUAGAACAGUAACCAUGUCUACUACCCGGCAAUGUGCUACUACUAUUACUAGUAGUCUACUGCUGCUACUGCUACUACGACUACGACUACUACCCUUGUUAUUAUUAUUUUUUUGGUCCCAUGGACUUGGAAGGCAUAUGCAAAGAAACCUGCCAUCCUAGACCCUUAACAAAAAGAGAAGGUUCUAUCUCCAUCGAUCUGUUCAUCACCCCAUGUAAAAUGUACUACUACUAGCUAGCUAGAGCAAGACUUAAUUCAUCCGUUUGUCGACAGUUCGUCCUCGAUCUCCCUCUGUAAAAUGUAAUGGAGUUAAUUAAUUAAUAGCAAUGGAUUAUUUCGCA